AUGGAGGUGGAACCAGAGGGGAAGAAUGUGAUGUGCCUUCUGACGGACCCAGAAGGGACGCCAUUGGGAAAUUCCGUGUACCUUCCCCAAAACACCGGCCCGCAACACCUUCAACAAAUCGUCAAUCAGCUUCUCAACAACGAGGACAAGCUGCCUUAUGCUUUCUAUAUAUCAGAUCAGGAACUGCUUGAGUCACUUGGAAAAUAUUCGGAGAAGAAUAAAAUUUCUGUUGAGAAGGUACUGAAAAUAGUUUAUCAACCACAAGCUAUUUUCCGAAUUCGUCCUGUUCAUCGGUGCUCGGCAACAAUUGCUGGUCACAAUGAAGCUGUACUUUCAGUUGCUUUUAGUCCUGAUGGCCGACAGUUGGCGAGUGGUUCUGGUGAUACCACUGUCCGACUAUGGGACCUUGGUACUCAGACACCGUUGUACACAUGUACAGGACAUAAGAAUUGGGUCCUUUGCAUUGCAUGGUCACCUGAUGGUAAACAUCUUGUUAGUGGGAGUAAAGCCGGGGAACUCCAAUGUUGGGAUCCACAGACUGGGAAGCCAUCAGGCAAUCCGCUUAUAGGCCAUAAGAAAUGGAUUACUGGAAUCUCUUGGGAACCAGUCCACCUGAACUCUCCCUGUCGACGCUUUGUAAGUGCUAGCAAAGAUGGUGAUGCACGCAUAUGGGACGUUACAUUGAGGAAAUCUGUUAUAUGUCUUAGUGGCCACACACUUGCAGUGACGUGUGUAAAAUGGGGGGGAGAUGGUGUUAUAUAUACAGGGUCCCAGGAUUGUACUAUCAAAGUCUGGGAGACUACACAGGGGAAGCUAAUUCGUGAACUUAAGGGUCAUGGUCAUUGGGUUAACUCUCUUGCAUUGAGUACUGAAUAUGUUCUUCGUACUGGAGCCUUUGAUCACACCUGCAAGCAAUAUUCAUCUCCAGAGGAAAUGAAGAAGGUAGCCUUGGAAAGGUAUAACAAAAUGAAAGGCAAUGCCCCUGAAAGAUUGGUUUCUGGAUCUGAUGAUUUUACAAUGUUUCUAUGGGAACCUUUUGUCAGCAAACACCCGAAAACUCGCAUGACAGGUCAUCAACAGCUUGUAAACCACGUUUACUUUUCACCUGAUGGGCAAUGGAUAGCAAGUGCCUCAUUUGAUAGGUCUGUCAAGUUAUGGAAUGGUACUACAGGAAAAUUUGUUGCAGCUUUUCGGGGCCAUGUUGGCCCUGUCUACCAGAUCAGCUGGUCCGCAGACAGCAGGCUACUUUUAAGUGGCAGCAAAGAUUCCACUCUGAAGGUUUGGGAUAUCAGGACGCGGAAAUUAAAACAAGACCUUCCAGGACAUGCAGAUGAGGUUUAUGCUGUUGAUUGGAGUCCAGAUGGUGAGAAGGUAGUUUCUGGUGGCAAGGAUAGAGUUUUGAAGUUAUGGAUGGGCUAG